AUCUGUCUUUGGAAAAUAUCAAAAAAAUUUAUAUGAUGUGUUGAAAUAUACUCAUACUGUAUUGCUGGACAAUGUCCCCUCAUCAUAUGGCAUUUUAAAUGAAAUUUUAUAUACCCUCCAAAAUUAUGUGAACGGAAAUGGGGGGCUAUUCAUCUGCUGGAGGAAAAAGCUCUUCCACUUGUCCUACUACGAUUACAUGUUUUUAUCAUCCGAUGUUUUGUUUAAAAGGAAAGUUAUAAAAAUUGUGAAAUUAAUUUUUAAAGGAAAAUACAGUUUGUACAUUUUACACUGCGAAUUUGAUUUAUACAGCGCUCAAAAUAAGCUGAGCAAUUUGGAUGAUCUAGUUGUACUGAUGAAGAAAACGUUGUGGAAAAUUUAUCUCUUUCAGAUAUUUUACAUAAAUAGGAGACGAUUCAAACGUAGGGAAGGAUCUAUGUGCAAUGUGGAUGAAUUGCCUACACAUGAGUAUGUUGACAAAAUUGAGGCAAUAGCAAACAUGAGUAGGGCGGAGAAGGAACUACACACGAAGGAAGAAGUGGUAGGUCCCUUUUCCAACAUAGGGGAUGAUGAAAAAGGGGAUAGUACCCACAGCCAUAAUGGCGAUGCACCGGAUACGUUGAAGGAAGACCAAACAGAUAAACCCGUAACAACCAUGAACUUCAGAAACAGCUCCAUGUUAGUUAUCGGAAGCUUCAACAUAGACGUCAAUGAAGAGGGGGGACUAUACGACAAACUUGUAAAUCUAAACGGUCAAGGAAAAAUGAAAGAUUUAUUUUUUUACAAAAAUAUUAAUUAUAAAUUACAAAAAACGUACGACAUUGUGGAUCGGAAAAACACCCUGGUUAAUGGAUUGAACUACUCAUUUGGAUUGACGGAUAAUAUUUUCCUCGUAGAGUCCUUUUUCAUCAACACGGAAGACAUCACGGAACUCACCUAUUUAUUUAGCCCCUCAGAUGUGAUCUCUGAAAAAAUGAGCAAGUUAAAUAAAUCUCUAAGUAGGUACAAUUUGGAAAACUUUUCUCAACUGAUUAACAAAAAUGGAGUGCUCAUAAAAUUUCAAGAUGUCUUUAACUACGGAGUUGAUAUAUUAACGCAGAAAAAGGGAAAUGAAUUUAGUGACCACUGGGCUUUAUCUGCACGGAUCCAUUUAAAAAAUCCCAGUAAAAGUGUCAACCUCUUUAUAGAAAAACAGCUCCAUAACUUCUUGCUCAACGUUGAGAGGUACUUCAUUUUGGGGAAAAGGUCUUACCACGAACUGUGCGCUGUGGUGAGCUCUGCCCUCUCGGGGGAGCAAAACCCCAAUCGGGACGAUAAAAAUACAGGGGGUAAUUUUAAAAAAAAGAACCAUCGGGAAGAAGCCAAGAUGGACAAGUAUAACUAUUCACAAAGGUGCAUAAUAUCAAGUGCAAACAUUAAUUGCAUUCACAAGGUGGAAAGACGGCUGUACAACAUCCUGUCCAGGUGUUUCGAAUCUGAUUG